UUCAUGACGGCUGUACUGGGCUGAAGUGUUACAGAACUAAUUGGUUUAAAUGAUGUUGUGGGUAAUUAAGAUCGUGGCGACUUUGAACGGCCAGCUGUCUGUCGGCUUCACCUCAGCUGUCGUGUCGCUGGACUCUCGGUGUGUUUGUGAUGUUGUUGCCUUUAGGAGAAUUUUCACACAAAUCAGACAGAUAAUGUGGCGUGUUGUGUUCACAUCCCAGUUUUCACAGUCGGAGGCAGUGCUCGCCUUCUUUCAGGCGUCUGCUCUGGACCAGAUCUUCAGAGAUCAGCAGGAUCAGACUGUCAGACAGGAGGACCAGGAUCUCAGGGUUUCCCAGCGUCCUGUGGUUCUGUCAGACAGCUUGAGGUCAAACGGUUUCUGCCUGGCAAACACUGAGACCAUCCUGUUUGACUUGACUCCACCCACAUACCAAGUCAGCCAAUCAGAUGACUCAUCAGCCAGACAAGCGAGUGUUGGUCCUGCCGUCUGUCUGCAGCUCUGUAGUCCGUCUGUCUCUCCUCAUCUUCUUCGUGGUUUCACAGGGAUGAUGGGCAGACUGAUGAAGAGGCGGAGCUUCAGAUGCAGGUCGGCUUCACCCUCUUGCUGCUCACUGGGAUUCAGGAGACGGACAUCCUGGACUGAAUGAACACACAAACCACACGAACAUCAGAGACAUGGAGGAAGGGAUGAGAUAAGAUAAGAUACGAUGAACUUUAUUGAUCCCGCAGUGGGGAAAUUCACUAUGAAGCCUUUAAUAACGAUAAUGCUCCUUUCAACUGACUGCUGAUCAACUGAUCGAUCAGUUGAUUGAAGGAUGGCGACCUCUUAAGGCUGAUGGACUCCUGGUGGACUGUGGGAGGACAGAGCAGCUUUUUCUGUGAAUGAGGUCACUGUGGAGCAGCAGGUAUCGGCCCCAGUCCAGGACCCUGGGAGCACAGGGGACUGUUUGCUUAGCAUUAACACAAAGACUGGAACUUAGCUUAGCCCCCAUCAUGGAAACGGCAGGUUCAGACAGUCAGUACAAACUAAUACAACCACAAGGAGAAACAAUUUUUUUAUUUAUUUAGAUUUCUGACUCCAAAAGAGAUUAUUUUAUACGCCUAAAGCUGGGACAUAUUUGAGUCAGAAUCUCAAUGUGGUCAGAUGAUCUACAUGAAAGUACAAUCAGGUCACAUCUGGUACAGAUGUUCAUUUAUUCUCUGAGUGCAGAGCGUUAAUGGAUCAGUCUCACCACUUUCAUCCUUAUUUACUUCCUUACGUCCUUGUUUACUUCUUUAUCUUUUGUUUCUUUCCAUUCUUACCUCAUUCUUUGCCUUCCUCUAUCUUCCUCUUUCUUUCUUUCUUUCUGUCUGAUCUUGUUCCUUCAGUUUGAUGAAUGUCUGCAGACUGCAGACCUCCUGUUUGACCUGUUUGUGAAAGGAAGGCGAUCAUCAGUAGACUGUCUGUGUUGCCCAGGUCAAUAAAGCUUCAGUGAAUUGAAUGUAGCUCGCUAAUCCAACAGAUUAGUGCUCCGUUCAUUCUCUUAGCAGUCAGCAGAUUAGCUGUGUCCUGUUAAUCCUCCUGUGCUGCAGGCAACAUGUCGGACAUGAGGAACGCCGUCUUGCUCUCAGUGCUUCUGCUUCUGUUGGGGUCUGCGUCUGCCUUUGUAGAGGAGUUGGAUGAUACCUUCAUGGAGACAAAAGGAGCUGAUGACAUCUGGCUCAUCAAGUUUUACGCCCCCUGGUGUUCACUCUGUAAACAGCUGGAUCCCAUCUGGUAUCAAAUUGGAUCAGAACUCAAAAGUCUCGGCUCUCCGGUCAACGUCGGCAAAUCAGAUGCCACUGUCAGCAAGGGUUUGGCCAAAGAGUUCAGGGUCAGAGGUUAUCCUGCCAUCCUCAUGUUGAAGAAGGAUGUAAAAUAUAAUUAUGCAGGACCGAGAACCAAAGAUGGAAUCAUGGACUUCGCUAAUCGAGUUGGAGGGCCACUGGUCCGAUCUCUGAGCAGUCUGCAGCUCUUCCAACACGCCAUGAGCCGCCAUGAUGUCAUGUUUGUUUAUGUUGGAGCUACAUCACCACUAAGGGGAAACUACACAUCAGCAGCAGAAGACCUGAUUGUUCACAGCUACUUCUUCUCUGCUUCCAGAGACGUCCUGCCAAAGGCCGUCUCUCUCUCCUCUCUGCCGGCUGUGGUGCUUUUUAAAGAUGGGACCUAUUUCACCUUCAACAAGGAACAUGAUGGUGAUCUGAAAUCAUGGAUGAACAGAGAACGUUUCCCAAACUACUCAAAGAUCGACAGCUACACUCUGUACGCCAUGGGAGAGUCAGGUAAACUGGUGGCAUUGGCAAUGGUGGAGCAGAGUCCAUGUGAGGAAAGCCUGAGGUAUAAAAGUCUGGUGGAGAGAGUGGCUGCAGACUACAGUGAGAUCUACAGCAGAAACUUCCACUUCGGCUUCAUGGAGGGCAGUGACUACGUUAAUGGACUUGUGAUGGGCGAGGUGACUGUGCCCUCCUUCAUUGUGCUCAAUCUGGCCAUUGAUGGCUUUUUCCUGCCACCGGGUGCCAUAGAGACUGAGCAGCACCUGCUAGACUUCCUGAAUGGGGUUCUGGACGGCAGCAUCCAGUGUCAAGGAGGAAAUGGCGUCCAUCAGCGCAUCCAGCGUUUCAUUUACGACAUCAAAGUCACACUGAUGCCGGUGUUCAGCCAGGCACCACUGUUGGGCUGCUUCCUGGUCGGCUUCCCACUCACCCUUGCUGCCAUCUUCUGCUAUGUCUGCUGCAAGGCGCCACCCGCCAUGAGUGACGAUGACAGCAUCACACUAUUGGCUCCGUCACUGCGGCAUCGCAAAAAACUGGCUGACAAAAAGUCUGACUGAUGAGCAGGGAGGAUCUUCAGCCCAGAAAACUUUCUUGUCCAUCACAUCAUGUGAUGUGUGAAAACCAAAUAAAAACACAGAAUGACA